GUGCGGUACCUUUUUCUUUUAGGGUUUGUGCAAGUCAAGCAUCUUUCCUUUCUUCAAGUUCCCUGGCUGUUUCAAGAGUUCGAUGCUGGUACGAAGUCCGAGUAAUUAAGCUGUGAAGCUUGACAAGAGGAAGAUCCAUGCAACUGAAUUUGGAGGUGCUAGCUGUUGUUCUUGCCCAUUUUGCGGCGAUCUCUGACAGAGGAUCAUCUUGAGCUCAUGCUUAAUUCAAACAGCAAAGUACCAGUUCUUGAUUUCUAGAAGACUAAGCAAUCUCUUCAUUCGCGAGAGUGAUGAUGAAAGUCUUAAGAUGAUAAGGGAUCCACAAGAAAAACAGCUUCCAGCUAAACAAGGUGGUGCUACUAAUGAUAAAGCUCGAACCAGUAUGGGACUGUGGUCAGGAUUAACGGAUCCGAGGAUUGUACGAGUUUCUCGUGCAUUUGGGGGAAAAGAUCGCCAUAGUAAAGUUAGCACCAUCAGAGGAUUACGGGACAGACGAGUAAGGCUUUCAGUCCCAACAGCAAUUCAAUUGUAUGACCUUCAAGAUAGGUUGGGUCUUAACCAACCUAGCAAAGCCGUUGAUUGGUUGCUUGAUGCUGCUCGGCAUGAAAUCGAUAAGCUUCCCCCGCUCCAAAUGCCACCAGGAAAUUUCAUUCAGUUCCAGCAAGCAUUGCAGAUGUCUCAUGAAGCAACUCCACGCCAGGCUCCCUCUUGUCCUUCAGGGGUAGAUAAUCUUGAGUACCCAGCUGCAAAUGGAGCUCGGCCUCUAUCUUUAUUCUCUAGCAAGGCAAAUCAGGAUGUUUUUGGAAAUGAAGUUGUCGCUGAAGACCUUGCAACACUAUCUAAAUCUAAUCUUUGUCACUCAGAUGUUCUCCAAAAGAGCAAACAAAAAGAAGCAACGAGGGAGUCAGGCAUUGAUCAGAAAGGGAACGCCAUUGAAGGGAAUGAAAUGGAACAUGAUCCCGGCAUUCAUUGUGCACAAGUUUCAGCUAAUGACCUUCUCUCUAGAACUCAUCAUUCUCCACUGGACUUGCUAACUAAUGCCAUGCAGUACACUUGCUACCAUCAGUGGGAGUCUGCAGAUGCUUAUAAUGUAUCUCAUUUAGGAAUUCAUUCAUCUCCGGUGGAAGGCCAACCUACAUCGCAUCCAUCAUCGUUGCCUUCGGUGCCCGCACCUCAGCUUGUAUUUGGUCCACCUGGAGCAAUGCCAUCUGUGUUUGACUUUGAUCAAAAACAGUUUGGUCAUUUUCAAGCGAUCAGCUCAGCUUCGGAGAAUACUCCAUUGAAUCCAUCAAGGACUUCUCUUCACUCAGGUAACCCAGCUGUGAGACCUUUCCAGUCAAACUUAGCCUCCAAGUUUCGCCACGCUGAGAACCAAAAUAAGAGAUAGCUUACUUACGGUUAGAAAGUGAGCAGGCAGAAAGCUGCUAAUGGAUCAAAUUCCGCCUUUCCCGUUUGAAGUAUGCAUCCUUUCAAUUGCGAAAAUUUUCGAGUCUUCCGGUGGUUCCAUAUAUUAAUUCCAUUUCGUUGCUUCUUAUGGUAUAACGGAGUCCUGGAUUUGCUUAUAUAGAAAUUAUGUUCUUUAUUGCAGUAGCAUCAUUUCUUUUACUCGAAGGUGUUAGGUAUAUAUGGACAUACUUCAUUGAAAGCCAUGCUGCUGCUGAUCUUAUGUUUAUUGCCCAUCCGGAAUGCAUAAUUAAUUUUAAUUAA